AUGGCGGUUUUUGGUUCAAUAGGCCGGAGAUUUCAAAUUGUUAUACAAGGUUUAUAUUUUCAAAAAAUGAAAACCACAAGAGAGCAACAUUUAUUUAACUAUUCUAAAAGAAGAAAGAGUAUAGUCAGACCAAUCAUUAAAGCUCAGGAACGAUUAGACAGACUUAGUAAAAAACGAUCAUUUAAAGACGGUUCAACGGAGGCUACCAGUCCGGAUUCCCAGAAAACUGGUAGCAUGACAGGAAGUAUGACAACAAGUUCUGAACAAGUUCUUCCUUCCCCGACUAAAAUGAGAGCACGGAAAACACGUCAUCGCCGUAGCAACAGUAGGGGAUCACUCAAUACAGCAUCACCAAUCAAAAGCCCAUCAAAUAAUUCCUUACAGGAGGAACGAGAAAUCAAAUCUACUGUUUUGAGAUUUGCUGACCACCAUAAAGAAAGCACAGCUAUGUCAUCUUUUAAGUAUAUGGGACCCGGAACGGCCAUUAGAGAACAGAAAAAUGAAGAAGAAGCAUCCAAUGACAAACCUACAAAUCAGAAUUUAAAAGAAAAGAACUUAAACGAUGUUUGUUUUGGUUGUGAUGGUGGUUGUAGUGACGCUACCUGCAGUUCCAAGCGCUCCAGUCAGGUCAGCGCCGAUACUGAAAGUAACCUCAAUGAUUCUCCCGGUACCAGUCCAUUCCAUUCCUGUAAUAAAGACUUAAUAGUGAAUUCCCUUCAUCAAGCCACAUAUUAUCAAAAUUUUCAUGGCCAAAACCAUAUCUACCCGGAAAAAGACUCAAAUGAGAACAUUAGUUGCUCUCUUGACGAGGUAUUAAAUAAACUUACAACGCUGCCAUUAACUGUUGAAAAUGUGGAAAAAACUGGUAAAAACGAGCACAAUAACUCACUGAGAAGAUUGUCCAUGAAAAGAACUAUUAGUGAUGUGGAUAUAUCUUGUGAUCACCUGAAUGAACACCCACCUCCUCAAUUCACCACCCUUAAUCAUACACAUACAAAUCAUAAUUCUACAUACUCAAAUUCCAAGCAUUGUGAAGAUUCUUUAUCAGAAGAAGAAUUUGAAGUGAGUGAAGAUGAUAAACAUCCAAAUCAUCUGUCAAAUUCUUACUCUGAUAAUAAUUCAGACAAAUUGUCCGAGAAGGAAUUGGCAGUUAGAAGAAUGCAGAAUCAAGUCACGAACACACCCGAUUCCAUAUUUAAGCCACCAUUAGACAGUAGUUCAGAACCAGAAGAAUGUUGUGAUGAGGCAGUACAUUCCAGAAGAAACCAAACAUUCGAUUCAAACGACAAUUAAAUAUUUACAUAGUGUUAAUAUUGAUCUCACAUUAAAGUUUUUGUCUUAUAACAGAU